CCAGCGCAACCAGUCAGCUAGAAGGAACCCAUAGCGCAUAGCUCACCGUCUACGAUCUGAAUUUUGACUGAAAAAAUAAAGAAAGAAAACCAAACAGAAAAACACCCCUAACUCGGCUCUUCAAAAUAAACAAACUUACCAUUCUCAAAUUCCCUCUCUCUCUAUAGCAGCAGCAGAAAGUGAACAGAGAAUGGCGCUGCUUUCGCGACUUAGGCAUCCAUUGACAUCGCGCUUCGCACCUUCUCUUUUCAAAGCUCGAUUUCUCUCUUCCUCUCGAUCCUUCGCUCUCUCUUGCUCUAAUUUGGAUGCCAAUGGCUCUUUCUCAAGGUCUGCAUCAGUAUUUACAGUCAGUGGAGUACACGAUGAUAGUUCUUUGAAGCUCAAGAUGCAAAUUGGUGUUCGACAUUUCUCAUCUUCUGAGCCAUCACAUACAGUUGUUGGAAUGCCAGCUUUGUCUCCUACAAUGACUCAGGGUAAUAUCGCGAAGUGGAAGAAGAAAGAAGGGGAGAAGAUAGAAGUGGGUGAUGUCCUCUGCGAGAUAGAGACUGAUAAAGCUACACUUGAAUUUGAAUGUCUUGAAGAGGGGUUUUUGGCUAAGAUAUUGGUACCUGAAGGUUCAAAGGAUGUACCUGUAGGACAGGCCAUUGCAAUAACGGUCGAGGAUGCAGAUGACAUCCAAAACGUCCCUGCUACUGUUGGUAGUGGAUCAGAUGUUAAGGAGGAAAAAUCAACUGACCAGGAUGUCAAAAGUGAAGGUGGGGCACAAGAAACAAGCUCUAUUAAUGCAUCAGAACUUCCCCCUCAUGUUAUUCUUGGAAUGCCAGCAUUGUCCCCAACAAUGAAUCAGGGUAACAUUGCCAAAUGGAGAAAAAAGGAAGGAGACAAGAUAGAGGUGGGUGAUGUAAUAUGUGAAAUAGAGACAGACAAAGCUACUCUAGAAUUUGAAACUCUUGAAGAAGGAUAUUUGGCCAAGAUACUAGCACCAGAAGGCUCAAAGGAUGUGGCUGUGGGACAACCUAUUGCCAUAACAGUUGAAGACUCGAAUGAUAUCGAAGCUGUAAAGACUUCUGCUAGCAGCAGCAGUGGCAAGAAGGUUAAAGAAGAAAAACCAACUCAUCAUGGUUCUAAAGCUGAAGCUAGUAAAGAAAAAGGCAAUUUUAAGAGGAUCAGUCCAUCUGCUAAGUUGCUUAUUUCAGAACAUGGAUUGGAUGCAUCAUCUUUACAUGCAUCUGGGCCUUAUGGUACUCUGCUAAAGACUGAUGUUUUGGCUGCAAUUAAGUCAGGGAAAGGAAAAAAAUCUUUAGCUGCGGAGAAAGGAGCUCCGCCACCUCAAAAGAGUCCCCAACCUUCUGCCAUUCCUUCCCUGGAACCAAAGCAGUCAGAUUCUUUUGAAGAUCUGCCUAACACUCAAAUCCGCAAGGUUAUAGCUAGAAGGUUGUUGGAAUCAAAACAGACGAUACCACAUUUAUAUUUAUCCACAGAUGUUAUUCUGGAUCCUCUUCUUUCUUUCAGAAAGGAGCUUAAAGAGCAACAUGAUGUCAAAGUUUCAGUAAAUGACAUUGUCAUCAAAGCUGUUGCAAUUGCUCUGAGAAAUGUACCGCAAGCUAAUGCUUACUGGAAUGUUGAGAAAGGAGAAAUCAUAUUGUGCGACUCUGUUGACAUAUCGAUUGCAGUUGCUACUGAGAAGGGCUUAAUGACGCCAAUUGUUAGGAAUGCAGAUCAGAAAUCCAUUUCUGCAAUCUCCUCAGAGGUCAAGCAACUAGCUGAGAAAGCUCGGGUCGGGAAGCUUACACCAAAUGAAUUUCAAGGAGGAACUUUCAGCAUUUCCAACCUGGGAAUGUAUCCAGUGGACCAAUUUGUUGCAAUUAUAAAUCCGCCCCAGGCUGGCAUACUUGCUGUUGGUAGAGGGAACAAAGUUGUUGAACCACUACUUGGAAGUGAUGGAAUUGAGAGGCCUGCAGUUAUCAACAAAAUGAACUUGACUUUAUCUGCUGAUCAUCGUGUUUUUGAUGGCCAAGUUUCAGGUGCAUUCCUAUCAGCUUUGCGUGCUAAUUUCAGUGAUAUCCGCAGGCUGCUUCUGUGAUAUUGAAAUAGGCCCUCAAAACUAACAAAUGGGUCCAAGAAAUGAUCCAUUUCUGUUCUUGAGCGAGUUGGGGAAUUUUCGAUGGAUUGCACAAAUUUAUUUCCGGGGUAUUUGUUACCACUGCAAUUUGUUGUGCCAUAUCAUUUUUGCACAGUUUUGUUAUUCAUUUUACCAGGCAUGUCCGCAGUUAUAACCGGUUCAGGAACCAAUUGAUGGUACUAGGUGAGCUUUCAAAAAUUUAAAAACUUUUCAGUCGCCCUGAUGCAUUAGUUGCAGGUGUCUUUCAAAAAGAAUAAUGUACAUGAAAACCACGGAAAUUUUAUGCAUCUAGAUCAAUAAAAAGCUGCUUUCAGUGA